UUAAGUUGGAAUGCCUCAAGUAAAUUAAGAGUGGAGCUACAAGCUUAAGUUCGUAAUGGAUCGGUUCGACUUAAUUAGGGAAAUAUGAAAUGGUUGGGAUGCUGUCACGGGCCGAGAGUUCCCUCCUGGCUAUCAUACUGUGUUCCGCUAAAACUGAAACUGUUACUGGAUUCGGGUCGAUACACUGAGCCUGGACCAGUGCGCCAACCGUGACACGGUGACAUAGUCACGCAAGCAGAUAGCAGACUACAUCAAAUCGCUUAAAAGGACGUUUAAAAGCGUUUUAGCCGUUUCUUUCAAGUUCCAAUAAACCCUAAUAGAGUCCCAUUGCUUAUUUUCCAACCACCGUCUUCUCUACCUCUUUCAAUUCCCUUCCGAUGGCAUUCCUUUCCCGAUUCCGCCGCGUCUUCACAGGACCCCAUCCUCUGUAUUCUCAGUUCGAUUCAAUUCGUCGGAGUUCGACUCUCACUUCCCCAAAGCUCUUCAUAAGCGGUAUCUCAAGAGAAACAACAGAUGAACAGUUUAAAGAGGCAUUUAGCCCGUUUGGCCAGCUUGUUGAAGCCAGAGUCAUAAGAGAUAGAGCUACUAGAAGGUCAAAAGGUUUUGGUUUUGUUACGUAUACAUCCAUUGAAGAAGCUGAGAAGGCUAGAGAAGAAAUGAAUGCCAAGUUCUUGCAUGGAUGGGCUAUUUUCGUAGACCCUGCCAAACCAAGGGAAUUCAGACCUCCACCGAGAUCAUAAUCUUGAGCCUUCUGAAAAUGGUUUCAGAACAAACAAAACUGUUGGAUGGUGUGGGUAGUUCAGCUUAUAACGAAUUUAUUUGAAGGCUACAACGUAUCAUACAUUACCUAUAGUUUUUGCAGAAGAUUGAAGUUGAAUCUAUGAUAUAUUCAUUCAGGAUGGGGAAACCUGUGAACCUAUGUGUACUAAACUAAUCUUAUUUUCCUUUGUGGACCUGUUAAUUGCAUUGUGCUGAAGUUCCAAUU